AUGCCACCAUCAGCGGGUGAAGAGCGUCUUGUGACUGUUUUUGCAGAUAUCCACUACUACUUCACAGAGCCAACCCGAAGACCUUUACCAUAUCAUCAUCGCUUUGAUAAAGGCUCCUAUGUUUAUAUUUACCAUGACGCCUUUCAGAACAAGGCUCGGAUGGAAAUCGCCAAUAACCCUGGAUCUCCAGAGCAGGAUGCAUUCUGUGGAGGCUUAAGCAGUGUUCAUAUACGACACUCUGCUCAAUUCCCGACACUUUGUACAUUAACAGUUGAUGCGCACACGGCCUCGCCCCAACAGCAAUAUGCAAAUGAUACCCCCCAACAUGAGUGGCGUCUGCCUAGCGGAGACCCACGAGAUGACCCCAAGGGAUUACGCGAUUUUGCUCGUCUACACACAUUGGAUAUCUACUUCUGGACUCAAGAAGAUGCAACCGACUUUCUGGAUACCGCCGUCCGGCUUCUAUCCAAUGGCCAGGUUGAGACAGACCGAGAGCCAGCUCCGCAACCACAGGAUACCAUGAGCUCUGUAGUCCAGCAACUCGAGACUGUUGCUGUCUCCGACCCGGCAUACAUGAAUGGUCAAACACGCAACUCACGAUCAGAGCCCACAAGCACAGCGGCACCAAUGCAACAGGCGCCCCUACCAACCAGCAGCUUCCCCCCACCCCCUCCAAGCGGACCUCCAGCCGACCAACGGUUAAGUGCUGCCGCCCCAGCCGCCCCGGAGCCAAUCCAAUACCGCGAGAAGACCCCGCCGCCAGUGGACGGGAUGAACGGCACCGGCCUCGCAGCCGCAGUGGCAGCAGACAGCGGCAUUCCAUAUACACCUCCGAACCAAAUGAUGGGGGGCGCACCAGGCGUGGGCGCGUUUGCAUCCCCGCCCCCCUCAACCCCAGGAUUGCAAUACGCAGGCCCUCCAGUCGCAGCGCCGCAAACAUUUGCCUCCCCUCCGCCCAGUGUAGGAUUAAAUCAUUCAAACACUUUCCCCACUGCCAGAUCCUCUCUCAACAGCCCUGGAGUGCCUGUCCCUUCAUAUCCGCAGUCGUUUGUCAGCGGGCAGGGAGCUCAACAGUACAGCGCAAGCCGGCAAGGCUCAAUGUCCUUCGCUCCACCGCCGCAGGAUCCGAAUGCCCAUCUAUAUGACCAGCAGGUCUAUGGGGCUGCCCAGGCCCAGGCCCAGUCGCCGCCCCAGUAUCAGCCCGGAGCGGCGGUGCCGGUAGGCGGGUUCUCGAACUAUUCCUAUGACCAGACUCAGGUGCAGCAGCAGCAGCAGCAGCAGCAGCAGCAGCAGCAGCAGCAGCAACAACAACCCCAACAGCAACACCAGCGUGCUGGCUCUGAAUAUAAUAUCCAUAGCCAGUUGUACAGACCCACUGAAGUGGAGGCUAGCUCUCACCAUCAGAAAUAUGCACAGAAAGCCAUGAAGAAUCCUGGACAGCGGCCUAGGAAAUUGGAGGAUAGAGCAGAGCGGUUGGAAGGUGGUAUGAAUAGGUUCCUGAAGAAGCUUGAGAGGAAACUUUGA